UAAUGAUCAUCCAUGAGAUGGCUUUUACAGGGCAUGUAAUGAUCAUCCAUGAGAUGGCUUCUACAGGUGAUGUAAUGAUCAUCCAUGAGAUGGCUUCUACAGGUCAUGUAAUGAUCAUCCAUGAGAUGGCUUCUACAGGUCAUGUAAUGAUCAUCCAUGAGAUGGCUUCUACAGGUAAUGUAAUGAUCAUCCAUGAGAUGGCUUCUACAGGGCAUGUAAUGAUCAUCCAUGAGAUGGCUUCUACAGGGCAUGUAAUGAUCAUCCAUGAGAUGGCUUCUAUAGGGCAUGUAAUGAUCAUCCAUGAGUUGGCUUUUACAGGUCAUGUAAUGAUCAUCCAUGAGAUGGCUUCUACAGGUGAUGUAAUGAUCAUCCAUGAGAUGGCUUUUACAGGUCAUGUAAUGAUCAUCCAUGAGAUGGCUUCUACAGAUAAUGUAAUGUAUAGACUACUGGUGCACAUAAGCUCAGCUAAGGAGGCACAGUGGCCAAAUGGUCAUCACUGAGGGUUGCCAACCAGAAAGCCUGUAAAAUGAGCUGCGAAUUACUGAAAACAAAAUAAAGAAUUUGCUCUUCUAAACACCUUUUUUCUUAUUUCUUUCUGUUGGCUCUCUGCAUCUCUGGUGGUUCCUCUUCCAUACUUGACUGUUGUAGAAGAGUCAUUAGAAAUGUAGUGGAAGGAGACCAGCCAACAGAGGAAUAGACCUGGCUAUAUUUAGAUGUCUUAUAGACUUUAAAUAAUUAUUCUAAAUUAUAGAACAUUGCAUGCCUUCUCUAUAGUCAUAUAUGUGAAAAAUGAAUCAACCUAAGGGAAAUAAAUCUGCAUAAAUCAGUGAUAGAGUAGUCCUUUGGUGUCCUGGUGGAUCAUCCACAUGGUAAGUGCUCUUUACUGUAAAGGCUCAAAAAAUAGUCUUUCACAUGAGCUGAUUCUUAUUAUUGAACUGAUUAAAAAAAGACCUAAGUGUGCUUCUAAACAUACCAAAUUUUCUAAUGUUUGUAAGAAACAAUACUGUAACAUGUUGACCCAGAGAGUAUCCAACUGCUAAUAAGACUGGGCCAUGCUUUAUCAGGGCUUUUUUGCCUUCCUCUGUAUUAACUGCAUAUACUAGCACACAAGAACUGCAACAAACCAAUUGGCUACUUUUGCUGCUUCUCCCUUCCCUUGUAGUCUGAUCUCUGCUAUACUUGGGCUGAAAAAGGCUGAUACCAAGUCAAAAUAGUGUAUUUACAAGGCUUGCAUUAUAUAAACACAUUUAAUGGUUUAAUGGUGUGUGUGUGUGUGUA